CAGGCAGCGCGGUUUCGUGCCGUGCAGGAUGUUUUAGGCGUUCCUGGGCUGUGGGAUGGUGAAACGCUCACGUUCGUUCUGGUGCUGGCUUUCACGGGCUGGCUGUGAUGCCAGGGAGCGUCUCGGCAACGGCCUUGAGAACAUUGCCCCCAAGGCAUGAUGACUUUGGGAAAGUUUUUAUUUUUUUGUUAGUUCUGGAGGGUCUAAACCGCAAAGAUUGCAAUGCGCUUUCUGUCUAUAAAGAUGUAGUCUUACCUGUCUGCCUCGGUUGAGAAUAACACCUUAUCGCUGGCUCAAACACGCCGUGUUGGCAAUCGAACCAGAUGAUCUCAGGGGUCUGUUCUGACCCUAACGAUUCUAGAUUCCAUUGAUCCAUCCAGCUGUUUGCUUUCAGAACUGGGCAGAAUGUGGUGACUAGUGAACAAAUGGGGGAUAGGAAGACUUGCAAGCCUUCUCAGGUGCUGCGUGGCUUUGCUGAAAACCAGAAGCAAAACUCAAAGCUACGUGUUGAUCUUCAGGUUGUAUGCUGCAGUUGUCGUGAUGGCACAGAGGGCAAAGCGUUGUGUUUUAACUGCAGGCUGGUCAGCCUGGCUGUGGGGUCUGUCACUGCCCGUCAGCCUGCAUCAACCUAAACAUACUUUAAAGCAGGGCUGCUAUUUAAAAUAAUCUAUUGCCAUUAGUCCUGACUCCAAAAGACCAUUCAGGAACUUGCUGGUUUGAUUAACAGCAGUUGGAGUUUGUUCAAGCAUGGAUGUUGUUUCAUUAUAUAGUACAAUACAACCUUUACUCUGUAUAGCGUCAUUCAAGCAAACUGUAUUGCAAAAUGCACCGCUGAAUUACCUUUAAAAUGCUCCAUUGAGUGAAGUACAAUUGCAGAGACAAAUGGGGAGAAAAACUGUAAGAAUGGGACAACUGUUUUCAGCUGAGGUUUGAAAUUUGGAGCCUGUUAGUACAUUUGCUUUGGUUGCAUUAGUGUUCUAUACGCUGUUUCUAGGAUAUACGCUAGCAAAAAAAUCAGAUGCAAGCUGAAAUUUUUUCAGGCAAGUUUCCAGUUUAUAGGCAACUCGUAAUAGUAACAAAAAGAGGAGCCCUUUAGUUGUUACCAUUUGCAAAGUUGAAAGUUGACAAACCCUUCCUAAAACAACUGGAAAUAUUUGUCCUACGCUUUUUUAACAUCAUGGGGUAUGUUUGUUUUUGGAAAAAAACCCAGAAUCCUCAGUUUGAUGUUUGCUGAUAAACACUGCAGUAUUGUACUCUUUUAGGAAUGUUGUAUUUCCCUUAAAAAUUACACACAUUAUUUGUGUAUCUAAAGUAAAAAGGAAACAAACUCUUUAAAUAUGAUGUUCAAGUGGUGCUUAUAGAAAAAGAAGAUAGGCUUAUUUGCUCGCCUCCUACCUGUGAUUUGUGGUUCAGCUUAAUAGUUAAAAAAUGAAAUGUGGCUUGUUAGUUUGCAGUGAGCUGUUAUCAGGAGAUGGCCUGGGGCUGGCAGUAGGGUAGGCUGCUGGUUCCCUGGGGCAAAGUGAGCUGACCCACAGCCUUUCAGUCCCGCAUGGGUUGUGGAUUCUGGAUUCCGACUCACGAGGAGGCGCAGGAAGAAGGGCUGGCUGCAGCUCUGCCCAGAGAGAGCGACAGAAGUGGGUGUGCUCAGCAAACCUCUUCUUCUGUAUAAAUUGAAAAUGAGGGGAUGCUGUGGGAUCGGGGUAGCUCAGUACAGUGCAACCUGCCAUUGCUUGAACACUGCUGGAAGUCCUGCGGAACUCUGUAACGAUCCACAGAAUUGGUUCUGUGUAGGAGCUACUUCGCCUGAGGAAGGUGGAUUAAUGGUCUCCAGCCAGGCUGCAGUGGAAAGUUGUCAUAGGAACUGGCUUGCUGUUUGGCAGGGCCGUGCCUCGUCUUCAGUCCAUUAAAAGCUCACCUCUGUAACUGAUCAUCUUGGGAUAAGAAGGGCCUGUGUGCCACUCUGCACAGAGCCAUGGAGGGGACAGGCACGUGGGCUCUACCCCGAAGAAGCUGAGGGCAGCCCAAGUGGUGCACCUUGGGACGAGUUCACAGAGCCUGCUCUGCGCCGUGUCCUUGCCUCGGGGUGGCUUGCCAACGUGGGUGUCCUGAUAGAAAACAGCUGUGGUUUUUUUAGCAAUACGAAUAAUGGGACGGAAAACUGAACAGAAUGUGCCGGGAGUGGAAGUCUUGUCUGGCUCUUUGAGAUGAGAUGUUACUAAGUCAGCGCGUGGGAACUCUUUGCUUAUUGUCUGUACUCCGUCUAUUUUUUAAGUUUUAUUUCUUAUGUCAGCAGCACAAACAUUUGGAAUGGCUGCAGUCUAAGUCUCUAAGGCUGUUCUGUGUUUAAAGCACAUCUUCACAUAUUUGCAAAGUGUGCAUUCAUAUAAAUGUUUCUUACAUCUCUUCUAAAACAUCUGUUUCAUACUUCUAAAGAAAUUACUGUUAUGUGUCAUGUUGUGAUGCUCGUAGCAAUGAUCUGUAUUUUGCUUUUUAAUCACUAUGACUCGUUUACUGGAAUGGUUCCUAAAACCUUGGACUGUGUACUCUGCAUAGAGAGUGCAUAUAACAUGGCUCUGCUUAACACAACCACAGAGACAAUCCAGUGUGCACAAUAAAUAGAACUUAAUGUACAGUAAAUAGACCUUAAGCAACAUCUGGAAAACAUUGCGUAGGUAUUUCAGGUAGCCACUGUAAGCAAUUGCUAAUCGAAACCUGGCUACAUGAGGGUAGUUACUAAGUCUUAUGAAUGACUUUGCACGGCUAAAAAGGUGCCUGGGAGACCUGGGCAUACAAAGCCGUGAUGGGGGAAGUACUUACUUUUGUAUGAUGGCUCAGGAUCAAGAAGGGAGCCUGAGUAAUUCAGCCUAAAAACCCCCAUCUGUCAAAUCUGACAACUGCCCAAACGUCUAGCAGUGUGUGCUCCUUACGGUAAGGCCAGGAGCCGAUCUGCUCUUACUUCCUGAACGCUUGGGUCCCCACGUGUGUGAGCACUGAUGGCUGCAUGCCAGCCCUCACACUCCUGCCGCUUUUUCAAGUCUGGUGCAGAAUGGCAGAGGUAAACUUGUUGCUUGCAGUUAUCAUUCUCAGGGUGUGAAUACCUGCUGCAGGCUUUACCAGCACGGCCAGCCCUUUUUUGGUAGUUUCAUCGGGGAGAGGGUUCUGAGUCAGGGAAGUUGGAAACCCCACUGAGCUUGUUUGUAUGCUGCUUUCUGUUAAUGUGCGAGUAAAGAAGGCAGGUGGGUUCUUAUCCUGUGCCUCUUACCAGUGGGUAAGUAAAUUCUGCGAAGGUGUGAGGUGCAUUAAAUGUGGAGAGCAGGAAUUGCUGUAAUGAAAUACCUGUAAUGGUGAUGCUGGGAUGUGAAUGGUCUGUUCAUUUCUCUUUUGAAAAUAAAGGAUGCACUGCUUCUGUAGAGCAAUAGGGAGAAAGGGAGGCCCGGUCAGUUGUCAAUCUUUAGAGAUUGGAAGGUGGCAUCAAAGUGAAGUAAGUUGGACAGAUGUAUGGGGACAUUGUACCCUGAUGUGAUGUACUUAAACUGUAAUUGAGAAGUUUCAGUGUCUAAAACUACCACUCCCUCUCAUCUUACCACUUGCAAUUUGUUUAAAAAUAAAGGUUCCUUCAACAAAGGUGGAGGUCAUUAUGCAGUUCUAAACUUAGCUUAAUUUAGUUACAGACUAUUCACAACUCCCAGCUGUGGUUCAGAUAUUUUCAAACAAAGGCCUACUAUUUUGCACAUAUGCUUAUUACUAGAUUAUCAUUUAACUUACUUGGCACAUUUGGUUCAGCGGAAGGGGGAAGAGAGGCUUCCUGUGUGCGUUUCUAUGAGAGGCUCUGAAGUAGAGUGGUUUUCCACUGUUUACUUAAGAACAGCCCUUUGGAUUAACUGGCUUUGACCCAGGCCUUGUACUUCUCUGUGUUAACAUUGGCAUAAUACAUAAAACACUUGAGACACAUUAUUGCUGGAUUUUUCAGGGAGCAAAUUCUCACUGAACCCUCUGUGAAGGUGCAUUUCCAGAAAAUCUUUUCCCAGCCAGGAUGGUCCAGCUUUGGCAGCUGUGCAAGGCAGCUCUGGACUGUGGGACCCACUGAGUGGGUUGCCCCUUCCUUGGGUGAAGUAUUGCCUUUUCCCCGGGCAGCAGCGACUGUCUGCACUGCUGCAGUAGCAACAGCUGCAUCCCUGCGUUGUGCAUCCGGUUCAGGAGGAAGUGGGUUGCUGGUGAAGUAGGGUUUGCAGCUUAAAUUGGUGUUCUUCAUCUCCUUUGCAGAACAGUAGUAAUGGGUGGAAUCAACUCACAUGUUACUGCUUGGACCGAGCUCUUCUUGGCCUUUCCAUCAAAUGUAGCACAUCUGGCCAUGGCGUAUAACAAGAUGAGAUUUCUAUUCAGCUUCUAAAAUAACCUAGAACAGAAGGUAAAUUCCAAAGAGAGAAGACUGAUGGCUCAGUAUAAAGCAUGCCGAAAAUCCCAAGACCGGCUGAAUUCAGCUGGUGUUUGGGUUGGUUCAGCUGGCGAUGAGUUGCAUAUAGACAUGGACAGCAGUGAUUAGGAACGUGGGGUCAGAGGAGAGCAUGUGAAUGUUCUGCCCUCAGAAACCCGAAGAAGUGCUGAGUGAGCUGUAUGCCACUGCUCUGUACACAUAACACAGCCAUCGCCAGUAGUAGCUUUAAAGGGUAAGUGCAGGUAAUUUGGGAAGUCGCUAAGUAGAACCAGUUGCAGUUAAAAGCAAAUAAUCCUUCAGGAUGUUGGUGUUCUUAGUUUUCUCUGAGAUAGGUUUUCAUCCUUUUUUUUUUCUUUUUUCUUUUUUCUUCUAAGGAAGAGCUGUGUAUGUUUGAUGUUUGCAGCGCUCGCUUGGAUGUUACAAAGCCAUUCAGUCUCAAGACUGUGCAAAGAUGUGUCUUUUGAAGUCACAGUAGAUGACUGUGGGGAUGAGUCCUGAGUGUUCUGGUUUCUGACAUGUUACAGUGUUCACUGGGAGUCUUUAAGUACAGAUACCUGUAGUAUUUGCAUAGUUGUUUCUUUUUCAUUGCUUGUUCAUUUCAACUCAUUUCAUGUUAUUCUAUGUAUGUGCUGCUAGGUUGGGAUGAGUUCUCUCCCUGAAGAAAACCAAUUAGUUGAAUGUAAAUUUUAGGUGCCCCGAGCACCUGUUAGCUUGAAGCUGACCCUGGAAACUACCCUUCCAGUUCAGUUCCUAUAGCUUUGCCCUCAUUGUAAUCCAAGUGGCUGAGUGGUGUUGGAAAGAGGAAUUGAAGGUAGAAGCAAGCCAGGCUGGUAAAUCAUCUGUUCAUUCUGCUGUCUGGAAACUGAGGCAGGAAUCAGAUUUCGGUUUCCACUUCACAUUGCAAGUAUCUGUCAGUUGGUGCUCUAGCGGUGCUUAAAGGCACCAGGAAAGUACCUGUUCUGUGUCUUUGAGUGUUUAGGGCUGGGUACUGCAUUUCCACAUUUCCUUUGUUUAAAAAAAAAUAAAAGAGACUGUUGCUGAAAGCCAAAUACACGUUAACGGGGAAUCUCUGAAGGGAAAAGUGCUCAAGAGGCAUUUCUUUUCCUAUAAUCCAGUGCAGGGCUGCCAGCAAGUAGAACUGUUAAGGAGAAAAUGAUAAAAAUGAAGGUUUGCUAAUUAAAUCUGUGGAUGAUACAGGUAAGUAGAUGCAGAAUCCUUCUGCUCAGUUCUUCAAAAUGCUUCCCUGCCCCGAAGCGUCAGUGCUAAGCAAUGACUGGUGUACCAGUAGAUCUUCUACUGAAUCCUUUUCAGUCAAGAAAUUUAGCUUACCUGGACUGUUAUCUGCUUGGUGACUGCAGUCAUACUGGGUAGAAUGUGCGUUAUGCAUGUUCCAGUGUUUCUUCCUAUCUUCUGAUUGUAGCACUGAAGUGGAGCAGUUUCACAGAGCAUGAGUAUGUUCAGAAAAAUGUCCGGUGCUGGAAUCAUUAGCAGAUGUGUGUGAUACUUCUGAGCAAUUUGUGUACAAGCUGGGGAGAGUGUUACUUGCUGUGAUCUGAGGAGAAAUUACAGUAUGCAGUGUUCAGUAAGCUGGGCAUUUCUGUCGGCUCUGGUUCAGAGAAAUAGCAGUGUGGCCUUCCUAAGAGUUUUUUAAAAACACAUUUGUGGUCUAACCUUUCCUAUUUUCCUUUGCCUUGGCAAUAGAAUAGGCAGGUUAUUAACCUCUUCUGUUAUGUGUAUUGUAGCUUCUCUUGCAAUAUUGCACUGACAGUUUGAUGAACCAAGGCCAAGAAGUCUGCUAGCUGUGCUUGAGCAAUCAUGAGCGUAGGGAUGAUAAAACUCAACAAAGUUUCACGUCUGCUGCUCAUUUUUCUUCACAGCCUUGUAGCAGGUAGAUAUUAACAAAGUAAUAAAAAGCACUUGCAGUCUUUAUAAAUGUGUGUGUUCUGGUGUUGAGAACAAAUAAUUGGUGAGGGUGGGACAUACAGAGAGCUGUCUUCCCAAAGCCCGGUGUUGUGGGUCUUCUAGUCUCCACUAACAAGUUACUUCAUGUUCCCCAAAGAGAGAAGUCACGGCCCAAAGGAGGGUGCAGUGUUGGUAACUCUCAUCUCUGAUUUUGGGGUAACAAGGACCUGCUGUUAGUGCUGCUUUAGUUCCUUUUUUUAUGUUCUCUCACCCUUCAGGCUGGAAUGUUUCUUCCAGGUCACAGCUGCAGGAGUGGAUUUGUUGCUUCAUCCGUGUCCUCUCUGAGCGCAGUCUGUGUUAGGACAAGUACAGGGAGAACAUUGUGUGUACCCUCCUCAGCUCCUGCCAGGGAACAAUCUCCUGCGUCAGCAGGAUUGAUUUGGUGUAUUAAAAACUAGUGAACUGAAGGGUCCAUGGGAGUCUGGUUUUGUUUUCCCCAAAUGAAUGUAGUGUUCUGUGCUGUGCUUGGGCAGGGUUACAGAAAGUUUGUGAAGAAAAGAAAGAAGUUGAUGCUGUUAGAGAACAGUAUAAUGUAGGCCUUUGGUAUCAGUUGAUAAAGCUGAGACAGUUAGGUUAUCAUAGGAAAGCCAGAGACUGAGCAAAAGCUCAGUCAUCAGAAGUGUUGGGUUACUUUGCUGAUGAAUUGAGUUACAUAGGUUGCGUAAGAAGUGCUGUAUGAAUUAGCAGACUUUUGGAAGAGCACAGGAAUACUGCAGAGAAGGUGUUCAUAAAAUUGAUUUACUCACAGUUUCCUGAAGUGAUGCCUCAGUACUACGUAUCUGUCAAGAUUAAAUGAGAUUUGGGGGUCGACAACAUGUAGGUGGGGACAGUAUUGUGCCCGAAGGGUAGGUUUGUAAUUUCAUUUGCAAUCACACGGACUAUAAUUACUACAUUUCCCUCUGAUUAAAAAAAAAACAGGUCAAAAAAGGAACGAAUUGUGCUCUCUGUAUGCAGAGGGGAACUGUGCACUGCUAGAAGAACUUUGAAGCGCCUUCAGACUUCACGCUGCUUGCCUUGUGGCUGCUCUGCCUGUUAUUGAUAGAAAUAAAGAAGGAUUUGAAGAUGACAACCUCAUGGAGUGACCGACUCCAGAAUGCAGCAGAUCUCCCUGCAAACAUGGAUGGGCAUGCUCUGAAAAAGUACCGCCGGGAAGCCUAUCACCGGGUCUUUGUAAACAGAAGUUUAGCUAUGGAAAAGAUCAAGUGCUUUGGUUUUGAUAUGGAUUAUACGCUUGCUGUGUAUAAAUCCCCUGAAUACGAAUCUCUUGGAUUUGACCUGACCGUAGAAAGAUUAGUUUCCAUUGGAUACCCUCAUGAGCUGCUCAAUUUUGUGUAUGAUCCUGCAUUCCCUACCAGAGGCCUGGUGUUUGAUACCCACUAUGGAAACCUGCUGAAAGUUGAUGCCUAUGGAAACCUUUUGGUGUGUGCGCAUGGCUUUAAUUUCCUCAGAGGGCCUGAAACACGGGAUCAAUAUCCGAACAAAUUUAUCCAGAGGGAUGACACAGAUAGGUUUUACAUUCUGAACACAUUGUUCAAUCUACCAGAGACCUACCUGUUGGCUUGCCUCGUGGAUUUCUUUACUAAUUGUGACCGGUACACUAGCUGUGAAACAGGGUUUAAAGAUGGAGACCUCUUCAUGUCAUUCAGGAGUAUGUUCCAAGAUGUCAGAGAUGCUGUUGACUGGGUUCAUUACAAGGGGUCGCUCAAGGAGAAGACUCUUGAGAAUUUGGAGAAGUACGUGGUGAAAGAUGGGAAGCUGCCACUGCUGCUGAGCCGCAUGAACGAAGUUGGGAAGGUGUUUCUUGUGACAAACAGCGACUACAAAUACACAGAUAAAAUUAUGACUUACUUGUUUGACUUUCCACACGGACCAAAGCCUGGCAGUGCCCAUCGGCCAUGGCAGUCCUACUUUGACCUGAUCCUGGUGGAUGCACGGAAACCCCUCUUCUUUGGGGAAGGCACUGUGCUGCGGCAGGUGGACACGGUGACCGGGAAGCUGAAGAUCGGUACCUACACUGGCCCACUGCAGCACGGCAUCGUGUAUUCUGGAGGCUCCUCAGACACAGUCUGUGACCUGCUGGGGGCUAAAGGGAAGGAUAUUCUGUACAUUGGAGAUCACAUCUUCGGAGACAUCCUCAAAUCCAAGAAGCGCCAGGGCUGGAGGACCUUCCUAGUGAUCCCUGAGUUGGCACAGGAACUACACGUCUGGACUGACAAAAGCGCCCUUUUUGAAGAGUUGCAGAGCCUGGACAUCUUCUUGGCCGAGUUAUACAAGCAUCUGGACAGUAGCAGCAAUGAACGCCCUGACAUCAGCUCCAUCCAGAGACGCAUUAAGAAAGUGACCCAUGACAUGGACAUGUGCUACGGGAUGAUGGGGAGCCUCUUCCGCAGCGGCUCCCGGCAGACCCUGUUUGCCAGCCAGGUGAUGCGCUACGCCGACCUCUAUGCAGCCUCCUUCAUCAACCUCCUUUACUACCCCUUCAGCUACCUCUUCAGAGCCGCCCAUGUCCUGAUGCCACACGAGUCCACAGUAGAGCACACACACGUGGACAUCAACGAGAAGGAGUCGCCCAUGGCCACGCGCAAUCGCACCUCGGUGGAUUUUAAGGAUUCUGACUACAAGCGGCACCAACUGACCCGCUCCAUCAGUGAGAUCAAACCGCCCAACCUCUUCCCCCAGGCACCUCAGGAAAUCACACACUGCCACGAUGAAGAUGACGAUGAGGAAGAGGAAGAGGAGGAGGAAGAGGAGGAAGAAGAGUAAGAAGGAAAAAGUAAAGAAUUUCUGAAGAUAAACCAUGACUCUAGCAGUGAUGAGGAGGAGAUUCCUAUGUUGGGGCCCUUGGGGUGAUGGGUUGGGGGUGUGUGAUUCCUGCAAAGGCACGUUUUGAAAGCGGCCGGAAACUUUCAUCAAAUUAACACUAAUCAGGAGGAGACCUUUGUUUUCAGUUCUGCAGACGGUUCAACAAGCUGAUGGAUCUGCCUGGGUGGUGCAGUCAGAUGGCGCUGCCCGCCCGUGCUGUAACGCUGCUCCCAUUCCAUAUGGGGAUGCUGCGUGAUUUUUUCCUUUCUCAUGAUGUGUUUCCAUUCGAACGGUGUCCUGUAAACGGUUUUUGCCAUUUGUUACAUUCAUGUGGAGGAGGAAGGGAUGUGCUGAGCCCUGCAGGAAACACAAUCCAGCUCCUGCCAUUGGGUUGCCGCCCUUUGCUCUACUGCAUUCAAACCAUCCCCACCACGUUAGCCAGGGUGCUGCUGUAGCCUCCAGCUCCACGUCCACCCCUGCUUGGCAAGAGUCUCCUGUGAAUGGUUCAGUUCCUCCGUCCAUCACAGAUAGCAGCAGGAUUCCGGCUCUUACGUGCAUUUUGCAGCUGUACACAUUUCAGUUUGUAGGCGGUGUUGUCCCCUCCCUGUUUCACACUCUCUUUCAUCAGCAGCAUUCAGUGCCUGAUUGCCAGCGCGUUUCCCAAACAGCAGAGCCGCACGCUGUGUUCUCAACUCAACUCCUGUCCUUCCAACAGUAAAUAUUUACCCCACAGCUUCAAGCUACCGCUUUAGCGUUACAUUAGUUGGCUUGUCUUCCUCGCUGCCUGUUCCUGACCCUUCUGUCUGUCCCAAAGACAAAACCAGCCACAGUGAGGGGCCCUGUUUCCAGGGUGCUGCUGGAGAAGCAGCUCUGCCCUGCAACAGGAAACAGCGUAUGCCGCAGUGCUGGGCAGGAGGCUCUCAUCCACCCGCAGCUCCAUUGCCUUUGGCCCGGUGCAGAGCACGGUGAUGCUGCGUCCUGGCUGAGGGGGUGACUCAUGGCUGCCAUGUGGGGACCGGACGGCUGUGGCUGAUGGUGCAGCUCUGCCAUUGCUGGUCUUUCUCUCUGUUAUGGGUGCAGCUUCCCUGACUCCAGCCUGCGCCGUUCACAUGUGAAGGGAUUACAGUGGGGGGGGCCUCUUGUAAUGAAUUCGACUGUUGUUUCAGUACCAUAAGCGCAUUUAAUCUUCUUUUUUUCUUCCCCCCCCUAUUUUAAAGUACCUUAGGAGAAAAUAAAAAUAAUACACAUCACCACCCUCUGAGCAGGAAAUGCUGCUACUGAAGUGGCAGUUGUUCAAGUCAAUAAACCGUGAUGUUUCUAAGAAGUGCCUGGUGCAUUAUGGCACGGUGCUGGGCUGAGGGCUGGCUGGCACUGGGCAGCAGGUGGUGUGGGGGGCAGCAGGUGGGAAACAGCCCCAGCUGGAGGGGAAUGCCAGAGCCAGCCCUGCAUCCUCGCACUGAAGGCUGUGCUGGCAUUUGCUAUGUCUAAUCAUCAUUUCUCCAAGUAGAACCACUUGGAUUCUUCAGGCUUUAGCUCGGCAGCUGGAGAGGGCAUGAGGUUGUGAGCAGGGCGAUGUGGGGAGCUCUGCACAUUCCUUUUGCCUCUGUAGUCCCACAAAUAGCCUGCUCCCAGCCCAGGGCUAUUUCUGCCAGCGACAGGGAGAUGUUGCAAGGCUGGAGCAAUGGAAGGUAUCAGGCCCCCAUUCGCUGGUGGGAAAGCAGAGGCAGAGCCUGCCAGGUUCCCUCAUCCCACCCUUACAGGGCUCUGAAUCACAAAACCCUGGGGUUAGACAGGAUCUUAAAACCCACCCAGUCCCAGCCCCUGCUGUGAGCUGGGUGCCACCCACCAGUUCAGGCCGACCAGGGCCUCACCCAACCCAGCCUUGGGCACCUCCAGUGAUGUAGCACCCACAGCUCUCUGGACACCAGAGCCAGAGCCUCACCUCCCUCUGAGUAAUGAAUUUCAGACAGCACACAACAGCCAACGCCAACAUAGUUGCCAUCAGGAAUGUCCAACAACCAACAGAGGCUGUCUAUCAGUCCCUGUGCCAUGCCCAGGGGUCUCUCCACCCACAGGGCCAGGUGUGACGGCUCCGCCAGCACCCACCUGUGGGACCAUUGCUCCUCAUGAGCUGCUCACAGUGACCCGGUCCUCGAUGGUGGAGCCCCACAGCUGCUGUUCCAGAGAAUGCAUUCACAGAUGCUGGGUGCAUCCUGGGUGCUGCCAGCACCGCCUCAGACAGUCAGACUGCAAUGCAGGAGAAAAGCUGGACUCUCACAGUCAGUAAAACCCUUUUCCUGCUUACUUCCAGGCAGUGCUUGACAGUGAUGCAGCCAGGCCCUUCCUGCACCAGGACUGGAAGGCAAACCAAUUCCCAUUCCCCAGCCUCUUGUGCCCCCCCCUCCCCAGGCUCUCCUGCCCCAUUCCUCUCCCUGACGCUCUUAUUCUGGCCACUCCAAGACCCUGCACAACACACAGUGGGAAUGAGGUGGGGCCGAGCAGAUGGAGUUCCUACUUCCCAAAAAACAAAUGGGAUGUAUGGCAAGCACGUUGUAAAUAAAGGACUUUUAUUAGAGAAAGAAAAAGGCCAUCAGCCUUGAGGCACCGCUGCCUUUGCCAGCCCCGGGCUGCAGAAUGGACGGCCCCCAGACCCCAGUGCAAAGAACACAAGCAGGCCCUACUUGAUCUGGCCUCUCCAUCGCUCCUGACAACUGCUGAGGAGUUCAAGGCUGCCCAGUGCCAACAGCAAUUCCUGAUCAGCGGAGAUCUGGGGCCGGGGUCACCACCAUCAGCCCCACCACCCACCACCACGUGCCAGCAGCCGGCCCUUUGGAACGGGGGGAAGAACGGAGAAGGGAAAAAUGCAUAAACUGGAAUGUCCAACAGAAAAAAAAUCAUCAUUUAUCUAGAAGAACAGAAAUAAACAAAACGCUUUCAAACAAAAUCACAAAAUAUACAAAUAAAUCAGGUACAAAAUAAAUAGGAAAGAUUGGAAAUCUACAACAAAAUUAGAAUAAUUAUAAAAUUCACUUGUAUGACAAUCAGUAUAUGAAACGUAUACACUUCAUCCAUGAUUUCAGUUGUGCUUACUCAGGUUUAUGUACACACAUGGAAAUACUGUAGUCAGAACACUACAACUCCGGAGACCCGACAUAAUGUACAAUAUGAUACAAUCAGCAAAGACCACGUGCGACGGGCGGUGGGACGUGGGAGGGAGCAGGGAAGCGCUGGGCUCAGCCACCCUGAGCACGGGCUGCAGGGCCGGCGUGGGCACAAAGCUCUGCUGGGAGAACAGCCGGAGGGUUUGUGCCGUGCUCCCGAAUGCAGGAGGAAGGUUUGGUUUCAGAGCCCAGCGGCUGCGGAGAAGCAGCUCGCUGUGGUUUCCCGGUGACACAGGAAGGUGCCCUCAAGUACUCGAGUUUUUGGAUUCAAUCUGUUUGGCAUCCAGGUGCGAAGCAAGCUGCUCUGCUGAAUGCGCACAGAGCACAAACCCCGGGCAAAGGGAUCCAGGCCUGGCUGCAGAGCAGUCACCAGGAGCCCCGCUGUACUCCAUCACUGAUCUUUGGACAAAACCCGAAGGCAUUCUUUCAGUAUUGGCACUUCCAACUAAAGGCUGCCCCCAGCCUCAGCCCAAGCCUGGGCCCACCUGGGGGAAAGACUAAAGGAGAAGUGCUCAGGAACUGAGCUUUGGAGGACUCCAUUAUUGGUCCUACUUGAAGGAAACCAGGGCCCGAAGGAAAACCUCAGGAGAGGUUUUCACAAAAUUUUUCAACUGCAGCCAGAAAAGCAGCAGCUCGAGUACCUUAUCUGCAAAAUCCCUAUGGUCUGACAUGAGGAUUACAAGAGGACACUGUCACUUUGGUAGAGUUUGAUGCUACUGACCCAAGAAAACUUUUCUCCAUCACCUGCACCCAGGCCUGCUCUAGGGAACACGCCCAGGGCCCAUAUCCAGCUCCUAACACAACAGCAGCUACACAAAUCCAACCUGAGAAGCUCAACCGUACCACUGUGGAUCUGCAGCAGGCAGCUGCGUGCCCUCGCCUGGGUACAGCCUUGCGGCCAUGAAAUUAAAACAGAAGAACAAGAGGACAAGCUCCAGGACAAGAGCAGAACACCAAGAAGGACUGUGUCCCCCUGUGCUGGUGCUGUCUCAGGGAUCACAGUGCAGGGCCCUGCAGCUGAUGGACCAAGGACACCAGGGAGCAGGGGGGGGUCAGCCUCCCAGCCCACAGCACGGGGCUCUGCCUGUCAGGUCAGGAUGAAGGCCUCUCCCUCUUCAAUGCCGUGCAGUGAUGCCUGGUUUCCACUCCCAUUUGUUAAGCUUGGUUAAACAACAAUCAACCCUCAGUAUCCAAGGACCAGGCACUUCUUUGGCACCCUCACUACAGAUCGCUCCCCACCCGCCAGCCCCAGCUUCCUACUGGCAUUGGAUAACGCAGCAACUGGUACAUAGGCACUGGUUUUAAAACCACAGACGUGUAUUAGACAGCAUAUCAAAUACGGUACAUCUUUCAAGUGGGAACGAUCUGCACAGUCUGUUUCAGCACAAGGAAGAUGCACGUCCCAAGCGGUCCUGGAGGUGGCAGCUGUGCUGUCCUUAGGGCAGGGUACUUACACGGGAUGUCCGUCGGGGGGCAGCCCCUCACAAAGCCGCCUCUGGUUUCCUUUCCUCUGAGCUGAACUGAGCCAGAGUCCCACCAGUGCCAACCUCAUCUCUGGAACUGGGCCUGCAGCUGGGGAGCAGCACAGGGCGAUGUGUCCGUGGGUGUCACGGGCAGCUGAGCUUCCUGCAGGUGCCUGCUCCACCCACACAAAAAGGCACUUAAAGAAAAGAAGAAUAAAAAAUGAUAAUAACCCUGCGGUGAGAAAAGGGGAAUAAGUGUAGGAGAGAGGGGGGGCAGACUGUGGAGCACAACGCUGAAGGAGCGGCCCAGCACAAGGCCCGCAGGUCUCAGCCCCAGGCAGGGUCUGUCAGCCCAGAGCUGCCAUGUGUGCGUGUCAGGGCACAGGGAGCACGAGGGGCAGCAGCAACACAGCUGGGAAACGGCUGGAGCAAGGGAGGGAAGCGUGGGGAGGACCGGUGCUGCUGGGGACAUCACUAGGGCACGGCCUGCCCAACCCCUGCGCUCUCAGCCCUGGGAAACCUCGUCCUGAGCCCUGGGGAUCACGGACAAGCUGGGGUCUGAACGAGGGGACAAACCAGAGCUCCGUGAGCUGCAGAGGUCGAGGAGUCUUGCUGCGCCCACCCGAGCCCCUCUGCGCUCAGCCACGUGCUUUGUAAGAUCUCCACGUCACCAGAGGCAGUCUCGUUUGGAGAACGAUUCUCAUUGGAAAGCAAGAACAUUCCUUCACUCUUUACAAAGAUUUGGCAAUACACAGAAUUUAAAAAAAAAAAAAUCAUAAUUACAACAGAUUCAGGUUCAUUUCUUUAAAGGAAAUUCAACCAACAGGAGUGUAAAAGUUAUAAUUCACAGUUGUGCAUUUAAGAUAUUAGUGUUUAAAAUGUCACUUCAAAGAACUCUUUGUGCAAAAUUGUAUUGACAGUAGAAACCAUGGCGAGAUGCCCUCCGGCCCCCAGGCUGCCACCCGCCCCACGACGGACAAGGUGAGCUCAGUGGCAGCAGAGCUGACACGGGAAGAUGCAGUAUCCUUUCUGCAAGCCAAAGCCUUGCCAAGGUCUGAGGUCAAGCCCAACGAUUCCCAAAGCCACCACCAGUGCCCCAUGGCACCGCACUGACCCAUAGCUCCACCACACAUGUGGCACAGGGGCGCAGGUCACGGCAUCUGAGCCCACCUGAACGAAGAACCAGCAGUGAGCCAGGGUAACCAGAGCCAGUGCUGGCACUGCACGGAGCCACAGCAUUUCCAUCGCGAUGCAAAGAGCCAUCUGAGAUGAACAGGGCUCCUCUGCUUGUGCUGGCUCCUAGCACAGGGCUGGGAACCCCUUGCCUUUGUGAAACAGUAAGACUGCAAACUCCCUGAGAACAGGGAGAUAGGAUUCCUUCCCCUCCGCCGAGAGGACCGUGCCUUGCGCUUCGAGCUAAUUUGAAGUAGCAGCUCCCAACCCUCCGGGUCAGGUACAUAUUUUCCAUAUGAAACACAUCUACAAUCAAAUAUUUUUCUGGAAAUUAUUUCACUUUCCAUUAUCAGAUCUGUAUACAUGAUGAAAAAGUCACGCAAAAAAAAAUGGCCUGGAAAUUUGUGAACAGUGCAGCAUGGGCAGAAGCAGGAGGUAUUUGCUUUGGGAUUACAAGGCUUUGGUUGGAAAAUUUGGCUUUUUUUUUUUUCUUUUUUUAAUGGAAA